UUUUUGAAGUCUCAUUCCACCUACGUGUCCACUAAAGAUGGACCUAAAACUAAAAAAUACUGAGUUCUGGUACACACUCCAUGGCAAUGUCCCAGGGAUGCUGGACUGGGACAUGGGGAAUGAAUUAUUUCUGCCCUGCACAUCAGACCAAUACCCUUUAACUGAGCAAAACCUUGUCAAAUACAGAGUCCGGGUAAUGGAGCCCCCAAAGGUGACCCAAGGGAAAAAAACUAAUAUUGACAAAGAUGGUCCUGACUCUGAACCAAACCUAUGGAUGUGGGUAAAUCCCAGUGUCGUGUGCUCCCUUGGCAGCCAAGAAGUCCCAAAACCUAAUAAGGAAAGGGAUCUGACAAGAAUACCUUCGUCACCUCGACCGCUCCCAAAGGAAUCUAUUUGCUUUGAGACCAUAGUGAUUCAGUCCCUUCCCUCUUGCUCCAGUGAACAACAUUUCACUUUUCCCAGCAACUGGAAGCUCACAGAAGAGGAAACUGAAGAACAAGAUGAUAAGUACUCUGUGACUCUCCCAUCAACUAACAAAGGGGAGUGCUUACAGAUCCAAAAGUUAUGGCAAGGUAAUGGCCAGGAACAGAGGCCCUGGCCCCGUCCACCCCUCAAUUACAGUCAUCUAAUUUCCCUAGCAUUAAGAAACAGUCCUCCUUGUGGUCUUAAUGUGCAACAAAUCUACAAUUUCACCCGAAAACAUUUCCCCUUUUUCUGGACAGCUCCACAAGGCUGGAAAAACACCAUCCGACACAAUCUCUGCUUCCUGGGUAGCUUUGAGAAGUCCCCAGUCAGCCUUCAGGAUGAGACUAACACAAAGCCAAGACCUGGACUUUGGAGACUUACUGAGGAGGGACACCGCCGCUUUCAGGAAGAGACUCGUGCCUUAGCCACACUUCGGAGGGAGAGCAUCCAACAGAGCAUGAGUCAACCAGAUGUGAUGACCUCCCUUUUUGACCUGUGAACUACUAUUGAUCUCUUUCUGCAACACUGUACCCUUACUGUGCCUACU